AAACAAGCAAUUCGAAGAUAAUUUAUAAAACCAAUCAUUGUGAAUUAUACUGGAGUAUUAAUUGACACUUUCAUUUUUACUUAUUUUACUUUAGAGAAGUGUUCAUCGAUCUCUGUCCAAGUCUCCACCAAUCAGAUAACAGUCUCGGGACAGGUGGAUGGAUGUUUCCUGCAGAAUAUAACACACAUCAAUGGGACAGCGGUGUUGGCUUCUGAUAGCGGCUACAAUAACACCUCACUGAUGACCUUCGUGUCCGGUACACAGUACACCAUGCACUAUGGAAACGACACCUAUGAUUGCUGCUGCUACAACUUUACAACUAAACCAUAUCCUGUGAACCUGCCACAAUUCUCUAAUGGGACUUCAUCUUCUUUGUCCUUAAAUUGGAGCUCACCGAAUGAAUCUCAGAGUUCUUACACCUACAGAGUGCAGACAAAUGUCACAUUGCCAUCUACAAUGAUAAAUAAUAUAAUAGUGACCAAUCAAUCAGCUACAAUAGUGGAUCUGACACCAGGAGAGACGUAUACAUUCCUGAUAUAUACAAGAGCUGCUGAUAAUUCCACUGAAUCUGAUCCGGUGUCACUAACUACCUGCACAGUUCCCGGACAAGCUGGGGGUGUCACAGUGAACAAUUACCAGUCGGUGAAUUCUCUGGUGGUGAACUGGACGGCUCCAACAACAGGAAUCGCGUCCAAUUAUAAUGUCACCAUAACAGGAGAUGUAAAUAGGACAUUGCAGAAUACAUCUACACAAGUGACCUUCACUGACUUACUACCAGGAAGGAAUUAUACCGUCACUGUACAGACAAUCAGUGGGAGCUGCAACAGUCCAAUCACUACAGUGACCACAGAGGCCACAUAUCCGACUCCACCAGGAAACAUCACUUUUACUACAAUCGGGACAAACACCACCACAUUAUCUUGGGUAGAACCAGUAAAUAUGACCGAAGUGACAAAGUCAUAUAAUAUAACAUAUUAUUGGAAUGCUUUAUCCUCCAUCACUGUGCCAAGUAGCUCUACAAAUGUCGCUCUUACAAGUCUGAAAUCUGGGAGUAAUUACACCAUUACUGUGGUGACCAUCGGAGUCCGGGGGUAUCAGAGUACGCCUGUCAGCAGAUACGUUUUCACAAAACCAUAUUCUGUGAACCUGCCACAAGUGAUUACUGUGACUUCAACUUCUGUGUCCUUAAAUUGGAGCGCACCGAAUGAAUCUCAGGGUUCUUAUACAUACAGAGUGCAGACAAAUGUCACAUCAUCAUCUUCACUGAUAAAUAAUACAAUAGUGAGCAGCCAAUCAGCUACAAUAGUGAAUCUGAUCCCGGGAGAGACAUAUACAUUCCUGAUAUAUACAAGAGCUGCUGAUAAUUCCACUGAAUCUGAUCCGGUGUCACUAACUACCUGCACAGUUCCCGGACAAGCUGGGGGUGUCACAGUGAACAAUUACCAGUCGGUGAAUUCUCUGGUGGUGAACUGGAUAGCGCCACCAACAGGAAUCGCGUCCAUUUAUAAUGUCACCAUAACAGGAGAUGUAAAUAGGACAUUGCAGAAUACAUCUACACAAGUGACCUUCACUGACUUACUACCAGGAAGGAAUUAUACCGUCACUGUACAGACAAUCAGUGGGAGCUGCAACAGUCCAAUCACUACAGCGACCACAGAGGCCACAUAUCCAACUCCACCAGGAAGCAUACAGUUUAUUGCAAUUGGAACAAACACCACUACAUUUAAUUGGGGAGAACCAGAAAACAUGACUGUUUUGACAAAGUUAUAUAAUAUAAAUUAUCAUUGGAAUGCUUCUUCCUCCAAUACUGUGCCAAGUAACUCUCCAAGUGUCACACUCCAGAGCCUAAAAUCCGGAAGUAAUUACACCAUCACUGUGGUGACUGUCGGAGUUCGGGGGUAUCAGAGUAAACCUGUCAGCAGAUACGUUUUCACAAAACCAUAUUCUGUGAACCAGCCACAAUACUUCAAUGUGACUUCAACUUCUGUGUCCUUAUAUUGGAGCGUACCAAAUGAAUCUCAGAGUUCUUACACCUACAGAGUGCAGACAAAUGUCACAUCAUCAUCUUCACUGAUAAAUAAUGUAAUAGUGACCAAUCAAUCAGCUACAAUAGUGAAUCUGACCCCGGGACAAACAUAUACAUUCCUGAUAUAUACAAGAGCUGCUGAUAAUUCCACUGAAUCUGAUCCGGUGUCACUAACUACCUGCACAGUUCCCGGACAAGCUGGGGGUGUCACAGUGAACAAUUACCAGUCGGUGAAUUCUCUGGCGGUGAACUGGAUAGCGCCAACAACAGGAAUCGCGUCCAAUUAUAAUGUCACCAUAACAGGAGAUGUAAAUAGGACAUUACAGAAUACAUCUACACAAGUGACCUUCACUGACUUACUACCAGGAAGGAAUUAUACCGUCACUGUACAGACAAUCAGUGGGAGCUGCAACAGUCCAAUCACUACAGCGACCACAGAGGCCACAUAUCCAACUCCACCAGGAAGCAUAAAUUUUAUUGCAAUUGGGACAAACACCACUACAUUUAAUUGGGGAGAACCAGAAAACAUGACUGUUUUGACAAAGUUAUAUAAUAUAAAUUAUUAUUGGAAUGCUUCUUCCUCCAAUACUGUGCCAAGUAACUCUCCAAAUGUCACACUCCAGAGCCUAAAAUCCGGAAGUAAUUACACCAUCACUGUGGUGACAGUCGGAGCCCGGGGGUAUCAGAGUAAACCUGUCAGCAGAUACGUUUUCACAAAACCAUAUUCUGUGAACCAGCCACAAUACUUCAAUGUGACUUCUACUUCUGUGUUCUUAAAUUGGAGCGCACCGAAUGAAUCUCAGAGUUCUUACACCUACAGAGUGCAGACAAAUGUCACAUCAUCAUCUUCACUGAUAAAUAAUGUAAUAGUGAUUAAUCAAUCAGCUACAAUAGUGAAUCUGACCCCGGGACAAACAUAUACAUUCCUGAUAUAUACAAGAGCUGCUGAUAAUUCCACUGAAUCUGAUCCGGUGUCACUAACUACCUGCACAGUUCCCGGACAAGCUGGGGGUGUCACAGUGAACAAUUACCAGUCGGUGAAUUCUCUGGUGGUGAGCUGGACAGCGCCACCAACAGGAAUCGCGUCCAUUUAUAAUGUCACCAUAACAGGAGAUGUAAAUAGGACAUUACAGAAUACAUCUACACAAGUGACCUUCACUGACUUACUACCAGGAAGGAAUUAUACCGUCACUGUACAGACAAUCAGUGGGAGCUGCAACAGUCCAAUCACUACAGCGACCACAGAGGCCACAUAUCCAACUCCACCAGGAAGCAUACAUUUUAUUGCAAUUGGGACAAACACCACUACAUUUAAUUGGGGAGAACCAGAAAACAUGACUGUUUUGACAAAGUCAUAUAAUAUAAAUUAUUAUUGGAAUGCUUCUUCCUCCAAUACUGUGCCAAGUUACUCUCCAAAUGUCACACUCCAGAGCCUAAAAUCUGGAAGUAAUUACACCAUCACUGUGGUGACAGUCGGAGCCCGGGGGUAUCAGAGUAAACCUGUCAGCAGAUACGUUUUCACAAAACCAUAUUCUGUGAACCAGCCACAAUACUUCAAUGUGACUUCAACUUCUGAGUCCUUAAAUUGGAUCAGACCGGAUGAAUCUCAGAGUUCUUACACAUACAGAGUGCAGACAAAUGUCACAUCAUCAUCUUCACUGAUAAAUAAUACAAUAGUGAUUAAUCAAUCAGCUACAAUAGUGAAUCUGACCCCGGGAGAAACAUAUACAUUCCUGAUAUAUACAAGAGCUGCCGAUAAUUCCACUGAAUCUGAUCCGGUGUCACUAACUACCUGCACAGUUCCCGGACAAGCUGUGGGUGUCACAGUGAACAAUUACCGGUCGGUGAAUUCUCUGGAGGUGAGCUGGACGGCACCAAUAGGAAUCGUGUCCAAUUAUAAUGUCACCAUAACAGGAGAUGUAAAUAGGACAUUGCAGAAUAAUUCUACACAAGUGACCUUCAAUGACUUACUACCAGGAAGGAAUUAUACCGUCACUGUACAGACAAUCAGUGGGAGCUGCAACAGUCCAAUCACUACAGCGACAGAGGCCACAUAUCCUACUCCACCAGGAAACAUCACUUUUAAUACUAUCGCAGCAAACAACAUCACAUUGUCUUGGGUACAGCCAGUAAAUAUGACCAAUCUGGUAAUGUCUUACAAUAUAACUUAUGGGAACGCUUCUUCUUCUCCCAUCAUUGGGGCCCAAAAAAGCAACACAAACAGUACCACCCUUCAGAGCCUGACUUCCGGAACCAAUUACACCAUUUCUGUGAUGACAGUCGGAGAUCGGGGGUAUCAGAGCACGCCUGUGACCGGAUCUGUCUAUACAAAGCCAUGGCCUGUGUCAAAUCCGAAUUUCGUUAAUGUGACGUCAGAUACUGUGAUAUUAAAUUGGAGCAAACCGCCUGAGUAUCAGAACACAUACCGCUACAGAGUGCUGACAAUUGUCACAUCAUCAUCUACACUGAUAAGUAAUACAACGAUGUAUAAUGAAUCCACUACACUAAACAAUCUGACAUCUGGAGAAACAUACACAUUCUCUGUAUAUGUAAGAGCUGCUGAUAAUGUCACUGAAUCUGAUCCUGUGAACAAAACUAUCUGCACAGGUCCCGGACAAGUUUCUUCCAUCACACUGAAUAAUUACAAUUCAACAAACACUCUGGGAGUGACCUGGACGGCAGCUACAGGAAGAGUGGAUUCAUAUAUUAUCAGUAUAACAGGAGUGGUAUCAAAUACAACACAAACAAAUUCUACGCAAACAAACUUCACCGGAUUACUGCCUGGCAGCUUAUAUACCGUCACUGUACAGACAAAUAGCGGGAACUGCAGCCAGACAUCGUCGCCAGUCAUGGAGGCUACAUAUCCCACCCCACCAGGCAGCAUAAACUUUACUAUGGUAGGAACUAAGAAUGUCACCUUAUCUUGGGGAGAUCCAGUAAAUAUGACCGAAGUGGUGAAGUCAUAUAAUAUCACUUAUUGGAAUUCUUCUUCUCCUUCAAUCAUUGCUGGACCUGUGACAAGCAACACAACAAGUGUCACCCUUCCAAACUUAAUAUCGGGGACUAAUUACAUCAUCUCUGUGGUGACAGUCGGAGCUCUGGGUUAUAAGAGCACGGCUGUGUUUGGAUCGGUCUGUACAAAACCGUUAUCUGUGAAAUCACUGCAGAUUGGAGCCAAAACUACCAAUUCUAUGUCCCUGACCUGGACACAACCAGACGAGUAUCAGACCAAUUACACCUACAGAGUGCAGACCAAUGCAACCUCAUCAUCUACACUAAAUACAUCAGUGCCCAAUGCAUCCGCUACAAUAGGAAAUCUGACAGCGGGAGAGACGUAUACAUUCCUGAUUUAUACGAUAUCUACCUGUAACUCCACUGAAUCAGACCCAACAUCUAUAAUUGACUGCACCCUUCCCGGACAAGUUGUCGGUGCCACAGCGAACAGUUACACGUCGGUGAAUUCUCUGUUUGUGAACUGGACGGCACCACAAGGAAAAGUGUCUUAUUAUAACGUCACUAUAACAGAAUACAUCAAUAACACAAUACAGACUCUCACAAUACAGCCUAACCUGACACAAGUAAAUGUUACUGGAUUAUUACCAGGAAGAGUCUACAAUGUAACAAUAGUGACAGUCAGCAGUUCCUGCAGCCAGGCGGCCCCUUCACUGUCACAGGCUACAUAUCCCACCCCACCAGGCAUCAUAACCUUUCCUAUAAUAGGAACUAAGAAUGUCACCUUAUCUUGGGGAGAUCCAGUAGAUAUGACCGGAGUGGUGAAGUCAUAUAAUAUUUAUUGGAAUACUUCUUCUCCUUCAAUCAUUGCUGGAACUGUGACAAGCAACACAACAAGUGUCACCCUUCAAAACUUGACAUCUGGGACUAAUUAUACGAUUUCUGUGGUGACAGUCGGAGUCUGGGGGUAUCAGAGCACGGCUGUAAUUGAAUCAGUCUGUACAAAACCGAUAUCUGUGACAUCACUGCAGAUUGUUGCCAAAACUACCAAUUCUACAUCCCUGAUAUGGACACAACCAGACGAGUAUCAGAGUUCAUACACCUACAGAGUGCAGACCAAAGCAACCUCAUCAUCUGAAAUGAUAAAUAAUACAAUAGUGAGUGGUGCAUCGGCUACAAUAGGAAAUCUGACAGCGGGAGAGACGUAUACAUUCACUGUAUAUACAAUAUCUGCCUGUAACAAAGAAUCAGACCCCACAUCUAUAACUGACUGCACCUUUCCCGGACAAGUUGUCAGUGCCGCAGCGAACAGUUACACGUCGGUGAAUUCUCUGUUUGUGAACUGGACGGCACCACAAGGAAAAGUGUCUAAUUAUAACGUCACUAUAACAGAAUACAUCAAUAACACAAUACAGACUCUCACAAUACAGCCUAACCUGACACAAGUAAAUGUUACUGGAUUAUCACCAGGAAGAGUCUACAAUGUAACAAUAGUGACAGUCAGCAGUUCCUGCAGCCAGGCAGCCCCUUCACUGUCACAGGCUACAUAUCCCACCCCACCGGGCAGUAUAACCUUUCCUAUGAGAGGCACUAAGAAUGUCACCUUAUCCUGGGGAGAUCCAGUAAAUAUGGCCGGAGUGGUGAAGUCAUAUAAUAUAAUUUAUAGGAAUUCUUCUUCUCCUUCAAUCAUUGCUGGAAAUGUGACAAGCGACACAACAUCUGUCACCCUUCAAAACUUGACAUCGGGGACUAAUUAUACGAUCUCUGUGGUGACAGUCGGAGUCUGGGGGUAUCAGAGCACGCCUGUGAUUGGAUCAGACUGUACAAAGCCAAUGCCGGUGCAGUCCUUGCAAAAUACGUCCGCAACAACUACCAGCAUAUCUUUGAAUUGGAGCAGACCGGAUGGAUAUCAGAGUUCUUACACAUACAAAGUGCAGACAUCACCAUCCUCAAUAGUAAAUGAUAUAAUAGUGACCAAUGAAUCAGCUACAAUAGUGAACCUGACCCCGGGAGGAACAUACACAUUCACUGUGUAUGUAAGAGCCGCUAAUGAUGUCACUGAAUCUGACCCUAUGUCAGUAACUACCUGCACAGUUCCAGAGCCCGUGUCUGAACUUAACGUGAGCGGGUUCACUUCAGAGUCUAUUUUAUUGCAAUGGAAAUGUCCAAUAGGAAACUUUACCAGCUUCUCCAUAACUUAUGGAACCCAACGUAAAACUAUCUCCAGUAAUUGCAUCACUAAUGGAAAACAAGAAUACAAUAUAACAGGUUUGAGUGCCUACACCCCUUACACCAUCACAGUAAGCACCUUGUCAUGUGGAAAAGACAGUACAGCGGUAACGAUACAGAAUGGGACUGCUUCGGCACCUCCGCCCCUUCCAACCGGCAGCUCCGUGAUAGAAUUAAAAGCAUCUUCUUAUAAUCAGAUUUCUUACACUUUCCGAUUGUUCAAUGAAACAAAUGGGCCUGUCGGCCCGUAUGCCGUGAUUGUAACAACUGAUAAUGCUGUAGAUAAGUUUCCAUCAAAAGACGUUUUAACCAAGACCUACAGCGAUUUUACCAGCAAAAGAUCCUCAUCUUAUGUAUCCUUGAUCACAAACGUAACCUCAAAAGCGAGGUGGGCGAGGGAUACGGCGGCGAAUAAUGGACAACAAACGGUGCUGAUUGGAGAUGGUAGUGCAAAGAACUCUUAUUAUAACAGCCCCCUGCAAGCGGUAACAACCUACUGCGUUACAGUUGCAGGUUUUACGCGGAUCGAGUAUAAGCCUGAUGGGACAAUUAACACAGACACUAGCCUUGUGACAUUUUUUCCUUAUUCAUACCAAGUUUCAACACCUCAGAACCCAGGGGUUAUUGCCGGUGCUGUCAUUGGAACCAUUCUGGGCAUUCUUGUCAUUGCUGCGUUAGUAGGAUACUUCGUCUGGUACAGAAGAAGGAAUGAAGGCAAACCGAAAGCCAAUGGCAUGUCCUUCUCAAACGUUCAGAGCGUUGUUAGGAAAUCUCUAGCUAUGAACACAUCGAACUUCCCCAAACACUUUGAGAAGCAGAGCGCUGACUGUAACCUGGGAUUCAGUGCGGAGUACGAGAAAUUAUGUACUGUCGGCAAAAGACUACCAAAAACAAUAGGCGAUCAACCAGAAAACAGAGAAAAGAACCGAUACACAAACGUGCUGCCGUAUGAUAUUUCCCGAGUUACACUUUCCACGAAUGAAAAUUCCUCAGAUGAUUACAUCAACGCAAACUUCAUCCCGGGCUUCAUCAUGAAGAAAGAGUUCAUCGCAGCGCAAGGUCCGCUCCCUAGAACCCUGAACGAUUUCUGGCGCAUGGUUUGGGAGAAAGAUGUCCGAGCCAUUGCUAUGCUGACGAGAUGUGUGGAACUUGGAAAGGUAAAAUGUGAAGAAUAUUGGCCAUCGUGGAGCGCCAGGAAGUUUGGAAACUUGUCAGUGGCUGCUACCAAUGAAACUGUCCUUCCAGACUGGACCAUCAGGGACUUCAUAGUAACAAAUCCACAAACAAAGCAGACCAAGCAGGUGCGUCACUUCCAUUUCACCGCCUGGCCGGAUCACGGUGUUCCCAAAGCAACCGAAGACCUGGUACAGUUUAGGAAUUUAAUUCGCGAAUACACCUCUGGCCACAGCUCGCCGAGCUCGCCUAUACUGGUUCACUGCAGUGCUGGCGUCGGGAGGACGGGCACUCUGAUUGCCCUGGAUCGAAUCAUCAAGCAAAUCGAAGCUGACGAUAAAGUGGAUGUUUACGGCGUGGUUUAUGAUCUUCGAAUGCACCGAGACCUGAUGGUGCAAACAGAGAGCCAGUACGUUUUCUUGAAUCAGUGCGCUGUGGACUUCAUAAAUUCUAGAAAAACCAAGGAUCAUGACAUCUACCAGAACACGGAAUCCAUCUACCAGAACACGGAAUCCAUCUACCAGAACGCGGAAUCCAUCUACCAGAACACGGAAUCCGUCUACCAAAACGCAACGUCCCUCAGCAAUACCGACCUAUAGAAACGUUUAUCUCCAAAACGACCUCUCUGACCGAGGAGGCGCGCUGCUGCUGGUACCAAUGAACUCGUCAUUACAGGGAAAUCGCACUUUUUAUUUGUUUCCUGGAGGUUUUUGUUAUUUAAUGAAUCUGUAUAUAUUGUUUUAUUUUUAUUUUUUCCUCUUCCUUUUUUGCAGAUGUACUUUUAAAAUCUGCUGGGAAGAUAUGGUACAUCUAAAUUAUAAAGAUGAACAUUAUGUUGUAUACCACUAUGUUGGGUGAUUCUCUUUACUGCGAGGUAUUCUUCUCCGUAAGACAAAAAUAUAUAUAUUUUUUAUCCUUAAAUACAAAGUCAGAGAAGUCAGAGUCUAUGGCCCCGUACACACGAUCAAGUUUCUCGGCAGAAUUCAGCCAGAAACUCGAUCGGAGCUGAAUUCUGCC